AUGAUAUUUAUACUACUUUUAUUGAUAUCUUAAACAAAUGCUCUUUAUACAAAGAAAGUCUAUAGAACUAGAGGUUUUAAUGUUAUUGAUAUUGAUCUGGAGAAAAAUGAUGAUUUAAAUAAAGGAUCAACAACAAUAAAUAUUAUCCUUGAAAAUAAUUCACUAUCAACUGUUCCUCCAUUUUUAGCUUAUUGUUACACUAAAAACUAAUAAAUUGUAAAAUAAAUUAUCAGCUCUCCUGAAGCAAUCAGGAACUAAAUUGAAUCAAAUAAGUAAUAAUGAGAAUUGAUCAUAUUUAGAAAAUUAUGUGUCUUCGAUAAUAAUGCUCUUUUAUAUUCAUAACGCAUAUAACAGAUUGUAUUAUCAGAUCUAUUAAAUGAUGAAAAUGAAUAGGUUUACAAUAAAUUGGGCAUUUUUAAGUUAAAUGAAAAAAAAAUUUCUAUUUAUAUAUAUUCAUCUGAUGAUGUUUAAUAUACAAUAAUAAUAAAGGGUUCUUAGAAGGGAGAAUGCUAUAAGUUAUAUUUAAAAUUUAAUUAGUUAAUGUAAUAAUAAUGGAUUGUGUAUGAGUAAUGAAAUAUUAUUUUGUAAAUGUAACGAAGGAUAUUUGGAUAGUACUUGUUAAUUAUAAAGCACUGUUAUUAAUGCUCCAAGUUUAGUUUAGGUAGAAUAAAUUAUAAUUAUAGUUUGAAAUGAAACAAUAUUUAUAUUAAAUGAUUCUGAUCAUUCCUUUAAGAACAUCAUCAACUUCAUUAUUAAUUGAAGUAAAUUCAAAUACAGGAAUAAUAGCAUAUUUAGGAUGUCAAUAUGAUAAAGAUUUUAUUCCAUUUUAUCAAAGCAAUUCAUUUUAUGAAACAGAAAUUUCGACAGGAAUUAUGAAAUUAACAAAAGAUGAUAUUUAAUAUUGUUAAGAGAAUUUAAACAAAAUUGAAUCUAGUUUAGGAAUUGAAAUGGAAAAUUAUGUAAUAUUAUUGUUAGUUAAUGAUCGAAAUUAAUAAACAUAAGUAGAAUUAAAACUCUAAAUAGAUAGUAAUAAAGAUGAUAAUUCUGGGCUAGAAUUAUAUUACAUUUUAGCUGGUGCAUUAGGAGCUUUGAUUGUUGCAUUAUUAAUAAUAAUAUGUGUUGUUUAUUUUCAAAGAAAAGCUAGAAGAAUUAACAAUGGUGUUUAAAACAUCAUAAAUUAGAGACAACUUUCACUUUAAGGAAAUAUAAAGAAAAAUUUAAGAUAGGAUCAUAUUCCAGUAGAAUUAUAUGAAUAAAUUAUUCAAGAAUAUCCAGGAUUAAUUGAAAUUUCUGAUUGUUAAAUUUGUCUUGUGGAAUUCAAAAAAUAGGAUUUAGUCAAAUUAACAUAUUGUUUACAUUUAUUUCAUUCUAUAUGUUUAGAUGAAUGGAGAAAAAGAAAUUAAGUAUAAAAAUCAUAGAUAUUCAUAGACCUGUCCAUUUUGUAGAGAAGAUUUAACGAAAAAGAAAGGCAUUUAGUAAAGAAUAGAAGAAAAGAUUUAUUAGUUGGGAGUAAUAUAAGGUGAUGCAAUGUAAAUAGAUGAGCAUAAACUUGCCGAAUUAUAAAAACGAGAAUAAAGAUUGAAACAUUUACAAUGUAUUCAUUAAUCUUCAAUAAUAAAGAAACAUCCUCUCCUAAUUCUGCCAAUCCACUAUCAUAGAAGGAAAAUACUCCAUCGCCAUUUUUAAAAGGGGAUAUAAUUACUUAGUAGCUUUGUUUAUAAUAAAAAAAAUGA